CAUAUCAUUACCAGAAUAUCAUAUUUGUAUGACGCACUUACCUACACAGUCGUAGCACCCAACACGGACACCUUGGUGGAAGAGUGAGAGAGAGAGAUGUCCCGACCCUUACGUUCCCUACCCCCCGGGUGGACUACCCGUGUCCUGGGGAUAGCCAUGCUGCUGUUCCUUCCUGCGAUCACCGUCCCGGGUGAAAGUACCAACACCACCGCUACUGGCGCUCCGGACGUCCUGCCUAGCAUCAGAAUCAUCUCCGGAAACAAGGUUGAAGUGAAGGUACCGGACGGUAAGAACAUCACCUUCCAACCGGGCGAGCCCACCGGCACCAUCUUCUUCGGAGAAAUCUGUAAUUUGGAAGAAGUCAAGAAGGAGACUGACGAGGUGGCCCGGAAGGUACGAGAGAUACAUGACCUGUCCGGACCGCAGUCUGAAACCCAGGCCAUGCUGACUAAGAUGGAGAACGACGUGAAAGAGUUGGGCCUUUUUAAGUCGCAAGACUGAGGGCCGACUCCACUCAGCACGUGGAACACAAGUUCUGCUGUACCCCAUUCUCCUACACAAAACCUAUCCAGACUAGGGUUCGCUUAAAAAGCUGGGCUGUGCACCAGGACAGGGUGCCUGGGCUGUCUACCUGGCCAAAU